CUUACCAAGACAUGACACGUACCAAACACAUCCUACUUGCCUUAGCAGCGUUGUCAAAUUAUGCAUCGGCCACUCCCUUUGGUGGGAGCUCCGGAAUGCUCAACGAACUGGUCAGGAGCUCCUCACAAAAUUUGCGCGAACUUUCACAAAGAGAGCGAUCAUGCAGCAGACAACCUUUUCAAGUUGUUUCAUCCCCUUCCACCCCCUCCAUUGGAGGGUUGAAAGCAGCCGCUGCACCCGUCGCUAUCAUCCCGGACAUUGCCAGAGACUCGUCGAAUACUUUCCGCAGGCAGAAGAGCACGCCUGUGUACAGAGUCCGCUCUUUUGGAGAGCUCUCCUCGAUGGAGUACCAGGACCUCAUCGUGAAGCUCUGGGACGCGGUUGAACAGGGAGACGUCGAGGAGACCAUCAGUCUCGUGAAGCAGGGAGCAUGGCCCAACCAUAUUCGGACGGGGGACGGACUACAGGCGAAUGCGCUGCAACUGGCAGCGAAGAACAAUCAUGUCGAGCUGAUCGACGUGCUCGUUCACCUGGGUGCGGAUGUUCACAUGGCAAACGCACAAGGGAUGACAGCCCUGCACAUGGCUGCACAACUGGGAAACAUGGAGUCUGUGAAGACUUUGAUCUCGUUCGGAGCGGAUCCUCUUUCGCAUGACUGGAUGAAAGAUACUCCUCUUGACAAGGCCAUUCUUGCGGAACAGGAGGAGGUAGCAGAUUUCCUACGCUCUGUGAUUGAAGGCGACCGACAAUCUUUACUUGCGUUCAACCAAAACGUGAGGCAUAUGGUUCUUCGUCAAGACUCUCGUCACUUCGUCGAGGGCAAGCACACAAACCCUCUCCUUGCUAAUCUUUGAAGGGAUUUACACAAUAUGACAAUGCGCUUGCUGCAAGGUCACAAAACGUUCGAUCUACCCCCCUUUAUUUGCUGUUUUCAUCAUGUAUUAUAUUCUGAUCGAGUUAUCUCCUUGAUAUAUCCUUGUCUUUCUUCUCAUCUUCUGGGUCUGAGAUAAUACAACUGUACAUCGUG